AUGAGUUCUAAACUUUAGUGCUUAAUUAUAGGAUUUUCAUUUGGAGUGUUAUCCACUACAUAUUAUUUAGGAAAUUAAAGCAAAGAGAAACUUGUACUUAAAGCAAAAGAGUUAAAACAAAAGGGAAUAGAAUAGGUACCUUUAGAAUUCAAUUAGAUUCAUGAUAUUAAAAGUGAUUUGAAUGAAAUGAAUGCUAAAGAGUUUUUGAUAGAGAAGAAGGAACAACUAUUAGAAAAAGGUAAAGACAGGUAUAUUUAUUCAAUGAAUAGCGAAGUUAAGAAUUUGCCCAAAAAAAAUGGAAAGAUAUUGAAGAGAAGGCUAAAAAAACUAAAUAACAAAUGGGAAAGGAGAUCGAAAAAAUAAAAGAGAAAUUCAAAUAAGAUUGA